GUUGUUCAUCGCGUCGAACAAUCGAAUGGUCGUGCCAGGAAAGACUUAAUAUUUGCUUCCUGGAAAAUUCGCUGAAUUUUCCAAUGUUUGAAAUGCAAAAAUUUCACUCUAUCCAUGCCACUGAUUUUAUAAAAGAAACGUGGAAUGCGGCGUUUCGAAUUCGAAUUAUUUCGAAUUUUUAAUCUGUGAAAAUUAUAUUGGCAAAAGAAUGACGUUUCUUUAUUAUGAUAAACAAGAUUUUUAUAAAGGAAUGUUGGAUAUUCAGGAAAAAUUGAGAAAGAGUGAAGAGGAAAGAAUACGAUUAGAAGAGCGAUUCAAAUUAUUGAUACAAGAGUCACAGAAUAGGCAUGACGCUUGUAUAAACAGAUUACGUCUAAGGUACAUUGAAUUUCUUGAGGAGCAACGCGAUCGAGAUGACAGAAAUAAUAAAUUACGAGGAGCAUUAGAUAAAGUGGAUAAUCAUUUGGCGUUAAUGAAUGCAAAAAGCAAUCGUUUAAACGCACUUCGCAAACAUUAUGAGGCUUAUCUUUUACAAAAUCAUGGUUCAUCGGGAAGUUUUACUGGAGACAGUGGAAUAAUCAGUAAUGAUAGCAGAUUUUUUCGAAAAGAAUUAAUAUCUCACAAUCGAAGACAUUCUAUUCAAAGUGGUAUUUCAAGUACACCAACAAUAAAUUUUUCAAGUCGAAUUUUAACACCAACUCUACCAAAAUACAGUGUACCAAGAUUCCACGAUCCACCAAAGAGUCAACAAUCAACAAAUUUACAUUCAUCAUAUCAUCAGCCAUUAUUAUAUAAUGAUUCAAAAAUAAUUUCCCAAAGUUCAAAUAUUUUUUCUAAACAAUCGCAAACUAUUCCUGAAAUUUGUAUAAGUCCUUCUUUAUCACCAACAACAACAAAUUUUGUUUCAAAAAAUAUUCAAACUGAUAAGCCCAUUAAUUUAUUCCUCGAUCAUUCUGUCAUCUCAAUGGAACCAAGCCAAAUAUCGGGCAUUGGUCGAAUUUCUUCAUGUCAAACGUUACCCCAAUUAUUUACAAAUCAAUAUUCUAGUCCCAAUAGUCCACGAGGGGUCGAUAAUAAUAAUAUCAAUCAAUAUCUUUUAAAUCUGCCGUUGCCAAAAAUAAAUAAUUUUUUAGAAAACAAAAAAUUCGAAAACGAACAUUCAAAUUUUUCCUGUAAAUCAUUUGGAAAUUCUGAUUAUUCAUGGAAAUCGAAUUCAAAAUUUGAAAUAAAAAGUCCACGAUUUGAGAAAAAUUCACGAUUUUUUGAUAAAACAUCACCACCAACACAUCGUUUUUUCAAGAGAUUUGAUUUUAAUACAACAUUCAAAAGAAAUGAUUAUUCACUUCCAUCGUCAAGAGAUAUUUUAAAUUCCACAAAAGCAAAAUCUCCAUCUUUUUCUUCAUCAUGGAAACCCUUUAAACUUACCAACAAUUAUAAAAGUGAUUAUGACGUUUAUGAAAGAUCAAAAAGAAUGAACAGUGAAAUUGAUCGUUAUAUUGGCAAAAUUAGAAAUCUUUAUAAAGAUCUUGAUAUACAGAGUUAUGAUGAUCUUGAUCAAAAUACAAGUGGUGAUCUUCUCAAUGUGACACUAUCGGACGAUGAUCUCGAUGAGAAAUUCAAAGAAAAUCAUCACAAAGAAUUAAUUACUAAAAAAAAAGAUGAAAAUCCCAUGAAAUUGAAAAUUUCAAAGCCAGAAUCAAUUUCUGAAACAAAAUUUCUUCCUCCGAAAAAUGAGAAUUUGACAAUUUUAAAUGAAAAUGAAACCAAAAUAAUAGAAAAUAAAAAUAUCACAAAUAAUAUUGAAGAAUCUGAAGAAAAGAAUGAAAAAUCAAAUGAAAAAAUUGCAUCUAAUGAAAAAGAAAUCAAUGUUGAAAAUGUGGAAAAUUCAAAAAAAAAUCAUGAUUCAAAUAAAAUUGAUAACAAAGGGGAAAAAAGUGAAAACAAUCAAACGAAAGAAAAUCAAAAUUAUGAAUAUAAUUCUAAUCAAAAUUAUAAUUACGAUCCAAAUGCAGUUUACGAGCAGUAUCCAACAUAUUCUGCUGAAAUAUACGAGCAAUAUGAUCAAACUGAAGGUGCGAAUCAACAAUUCGAACAAGAUUCAAAUCAACAAUAUGAACCAGUUCAAUAUUCACAGGAUCCAAAUCAGCAAUACGAUGCCGCUCAAUACACACAGGAUCCUAAUCAACAAUAUGAUCAAGAUCCCAAUCAACAAUUUGUUCAAGAUUCGAAUCAACAAUUUGUACAAGAUCCUAAUCAACAAUUUGUUCAAGAUCCCAAUCAACAAUAUUCACAGGAUCCUAAUCAACAAUAUGAUCAAGAUCCUAAUCAACAAUUUGUUCAAGAUCCGAAUCAACAAUUUGUUCAAGAUCCCAAUCAACAAUUUGUUCAAGAUCCGAAUCAACAAUUUGUUCAAGAUCCCAAUCAACAAUAUUCACAGGAUCCUAAUCAACAAUAUGAUCAAGAUCCUAGUCAACAAUAUGAUCAAGAUCCUAGUCAAAAAUAUGAAAAAGAUCCCAAUCAACAAUAUGAUCAAGAACAUAAUGAAGAAUAUAAGCAGGAUUCUAAUCAUCAAUAUAAUCCGGCUCAAUAUUCACAAGAUUCCAAACAAUACAAUGAUUCUGAUCAAUAUAAUCAGGAUGCAAGUGAGUAUAAAAAUCCCGAUCAAUACAAAGAUUCUAAACAACAUAGCCAGGAGCUUGGUGAGUAUAGUCAGGAUCCUAAUAAAUACAGUCAGGAUUCUAAACAAUCCAAUGAAACAUCAAAUCAAUUAAUUGAUCAAGAUCCAAAUCAACAAUACGCACAGGAAUCAGCACAAGAUUAUUCACAAAAUUCAAAUCAAUAUGAUCCCAAUCAACAAUAUCAGGAUCCUAAUAUUCAAUACGAUCCUAAUCAACAAUAUCAGGAUCCAAACAAUCAAUAUGAUCCAAAUCAACAAUAUCAAGAUUCUAAUGUUGCAUACGAUCCCAAUCAGCAAUAUCAAGAUCCCAAUAUUCAAUAUGAUCCCAAUCAGCAAUAUCAAGAUCCUAAUGUUCAAUAUGAUCCUAAUCAAUAUCAGGAUCCAAAUCAGGCCUAUCAUUCUAAUCAACAAUAUGAUCCAAAUCAAUCCUAUGAUCCAAAUCAGGCCUAUUAUGAUCAAAAUCAAGAUUCAGCGUACGCUCAACAGCAGGAACAAUUUUAUACUCAAGAUGAACAGUCAUAUAAUCAGGAUCAAUCGUACGCUCAGGAUUCAUCUUACAUUCAACAAGAUCAAGCAUAUAAUUCAAAUCAGCCUGGUGAUCAAAAUUACAAUUCGAAUGGAAAUUUAGAAAAUAAUUCAGAAAUUAGUGCUCAAGAGAAAAAGGUAAAUAAUUCAGAGGCUAAGAAAAAGGGUGCAAUCAAUUUGGAAUCAGAUACAGAGAGCACGAUUGAACGGAAUGCCUCGAAUACUGAAAGUGAUUUUGAUUUUAAUUAAUUCUACUAAUAUUUAUAGGUAAUUAGAUAUAAAUAGUGUUUUAAAAAAAAUAAUAGAGCUUCUUUUCAUUAAUAACACUGUGUUACGUAGUAAAAAAAAACUAAUAUCAAACUUUAAAAAAUGGUUAAUUCUGUGUAGACCUUUAAAUUUUUAUUUUAGAGCAAAAAAAAUUACUCUAGAAUAAAAAUUGUUUAAGUAAAAAAAAAUUUUGUUUUAAAAUGUCUAAAAUACAAA